CUCCAGGUUAACAGGGAUAUUGUGUCUGGGCUGAAGUACGUCCAUCUGACCUACAGGAAAGGAAUCAGAGUGGACAAGGCGGUGUACAUGGUGGGCAGCUAUGGGCCGCGGGUGGAGGAGCACGAGUUCAUGACCCCGGUGGAGGAGGCGCCCAAAGGCAUGAUUGUCAGAGGCAGCUACCACAUCAAGUCCCACUUCACCGAUGACGACAAGACCGACCACCUCCUGGGAGUGGAACCUGGGGAUCAAGAAGGACUGGGACGAAUAGAGAGGAUGUGUUAA